AUGUCUUCAAUGCGCUACUACGAGAUUAUGGUUUCCCUUCCUCCCCGCAAGUUCUUUAUCGGAAAUGAGUUUGUAGACUCCCAACACAGCAAUGGCCAAAGAAUUACCUUGCUGAACCCGGUUGACGACUCGGUCGUCGUGGAUGAUCUUCAAUUGGCCGGAAAAGAAGAUGUUGACCGAGCCGUCGCGCUUGCGAAUGAGGCAUUCCGAAAGGGACCAUGGGCAUCGUUUACUGGUGUUCAGCGCGCCGCCUGUCUCAACAAAUUCGCUGAUAUCGUCGAGAAGAAUGUCGAUCAUCUUGCGUACUGCGAGUCGCUUCCCACUGGACGUCCCAUUGCAGGCAUCAUUCACAUGGAUUUGGCUCAUAUGGCUCAAGUCUUCCGAUAUUACGCUGGAUGGGCGGAUAAGAUUGCAGGGCAAUCAUUUUCAGAAGACAACGGGUUUGCCAAGAUCGUUAGGUACGAACCUCUGGGCGUGUGCGCGAGCCUGGCGUCCUACAAUGCGACUUUCCUCUACAUUGGCUGGAAGCUUGCGCCAGCUCUAGCAGCUGGAAACACGGUUAUAUUCAAGCCCUCCGAGAAAUCGCCGCUGGGAAUUCUCGCCAUGGCGCCGCUCUUCGCAGAGGCUGGGUUCCCGCCUGGCGUCGUGCAAUUCUUGACGGGCGCCAGAGAGACUGGAGCUUUGCUGUCCUCACACCAAAGAAUCGCAAAGAUCAGCUUCACCGGCUCAAUUGCCGCUGGAAGAGCUGUCCAAGAAGCUGCGACGAAUAGCAACCUCAAGAAAGUCACUCUAGAGCUCGGCGGCAAAUCAGCAGCUGUAGUGUUUGACGAUGUGGACUUUGAUCUUUGUGUGGACUGGUACGCCUUUCUUACCUUUAUCCUUGUUGAACAAUAUCUAAUUUGGCACCUCAGCGUCGGCGGUGGCUUCCUUGCCAACUCGGGGCAGAUUUGUGUUGCGGCCUCUCGCGUGUUAAUUCAGGAAUCUAUUGCAACCAGGUUCAUUCAGGCCAUCAAAGAGGUCUUUGAGCGGGCUCGAGACGGUAUGGGCAGCAGUCCCCUGGAACUUUCGACGCAGCACGGCCCGGUAGUCGAUAAAUCCCAGUUCGACCGUAUCAUGGGAUACAUUGAGAAAGGCAAGCAAUCUGCCGAGCUCGUCACUGGUGGUAAAAGGAAAGGAUCCAAGGGAUGCUUCAUCGAGCCGACGUUGUUCGUCAACCCAACCUCGGACAGCCCAAUCUGGAAAGAGGAGAUUUUCGGACCCGUCCUCACAGUCAAGACGUUCAAGACCGAGAAGGAAGCCAUUGAGCUAGCCAACGACACAGUAUACGGACUUGCCUCGUGUCUGUACACAUCAGAUCUCUCUCGAGCAUUGCGUGUAUCCUCGGCACUUGAAAGCGGCGGAGUGUCUGUGAACUCUCCAUACCUCCCGGAGCUCAACACUCCGUUCGGAGGUUCAAAGCAGAGCGGACAAGGCAGAGAGCUUGGCUCUCACGGCUUGUACAGUUACCUAGAACCGAAGUCAGUGCAUAUCAAACGAUUCGUCAAAUGA